AUGGCUGUUCCGAAGGGAAAGCGCAGCGCGUCCCUGUGUCGGCGGCGGCAGCAAAUAAUAUUUUAUGACAAACUUGACGGAGUUUUUAAAAGAAGAAGAGAGUGGUUUUACAGAAGUGCUUUUGUUGCUUCUGCUGCUCCUCUGAAGCAUUUGCUGCAGCGCAGCAGCAGCAGCAGCAGCAGCAACAGGGUGCUGCAGCAAAUCAACCAGCAAAUUCCCACCACGCCUUCCCUCGGCUUCAGGUUCCCCGGCUUCUGGCCUGGCAGCGCGGAUGUAAGAAUAGUCAUCCAGCAGCAGCAAGAGCAGCAGCAGCCGCAGCAGCAAGAGCAGCAGCAGCAGCAAGAGCAGCAGCGGCAAAAGCUCAUGCUGUAG